AUGCUGACCACCAUCGCCCCUGUCCCUACCGCCGCCGCCGCCAACACCACAGGCACUAUGACGACGGAUUAUGCGCAACAGAAGGACUCCUGUAAAGCACCUGCUUCCAUGGAUUGGAGACAGCGUAGUUGCUGGGCAUUUGCAGCUGCUGCAAUCAUUGAAUCAGCACAUGCAAUAGCCACAAGGGAACUUAUUACCCUUUCUGAACAACUCAUAGAUUGUGAUUCCAUGAGCCAAGGUUGUUCAGGAGGAUGGCCCUCUAAUGCCUUUGAUUGGGUUAUGAAAAAUGGUGGGAUUAACAGAGAAGAUGAUUAUCCUUAUUCCGCUCAACAGGGUUAUUGCAGAGCCAACAUGGGAAUUUAUGAAGGUGAGGAUUGCCCCAGGGAAUCAAACAAUUUGACUCAUGCUGUUUUGAUUGUUGGGUAUGAUUCAAAUGAUGGAAAAGAUUAUUGGAUUGCGAAAAACCCAUGCGGAGAAGAUCGGGGAAUGAAUGGAUAUAUCUUGAUCCGAAGAAACAUGGGUUUACCAAAUGGAGUUUGCUCUAUCAAUUCUUCGGCUUUCUACCCAACCAUAUAG